AUUUGUGCAGUGCUAUUUGUCAUAGACAACAUUUGUAGUGUGGAAAUUGAUGUGGUAAAUUACCUCGUCCAUUGCGGUGUUUGCCAUUAUUUUGUUUCAGAAAUAAAUUGAGCCCGGAUUGAUAAUUGAUACAAAUAUGACAAUCAAGUUAACAGCUAACAUUAAUAAUCCACCAAUAAGUGGUUUGGCGACGGCUCAUCUUAUCAAUGAAACUAUAGCCGUUGAGAUCGUGUGGGGCAAUGAAACUGUGCUUGAAUAUCCAGAAAAUCGCCGCCUUUUGUGUCACUCCAACAAUGAUUUACUGCGGGCGUUGGCACGAGCGGCGCCGGAUUAUAAAUUAUAUGGUGAAACUGCUAUUGAACGGACGCAGGUUGACCAUUGGUUAUCAUUUUCAUUAACUUGUGAAGAGGAUAUUUCUUGGGCUCUGUCUUUUCUUGACAAAUCAAUUGCACCUGUCACUUAUUUGGUUGCCAACAAAUUAACGAUUGCAGAUUUUGCACUUUUCAAUGAGAUGCAUGCUCGUUAUGAGUUCCUUUCUGCGAAAGGCAUUCCUCAGCAUGUGCAACGCUGGUAUAAUCUAAUAAAUGCACAACCAUUGAUCCAGAAAGUAUUGCAAACAUUGCCGGAAGAAGCCCGCGCUGCAGCUAAACAUAGCAAACGAAGCAAUGGUGUAAGUCCAAGCGAAAGCGAGAACUCUCCUGUUCAUGGGCAUACGAAAACCAAUGAGCGCAAGCAGGAGGGUAAAUUUAUCGAUUUACCAGGUGCCGAAAUGGGAAAAGUUGUCGUACGUUUUCCACCCGAAGCAUCUGGAUAUUUGCAUAUAGGGCAUGCUAAAGCAGCGUUAUUGAAUCAAUACUAUGCCUUGAACUUCAAUGGCAAACUAAUAAUGCGAUUCGACGACACAAAUCCUGCCAAGGAGACGGUCGAAUUUGAACAAGUGAUUUUGGAGGAUGUAGAAAUGCUGCAAAUCAAGCCGGAUAUAUUUACUCAUACAUCCGACUAUUUUGAACUAAUGUUGGAAUAUUGCGAGCAAAUGAUCAGAGAUGGCAAAGCCUAUGUAGACGAUACGCCACCGGAACAAAUGAAACUUGAGCGCGAACAGUGUAUUGAGUCGGCGAACCGAUCAAAUGAUGUAGAAAUAAAUCUAUCAUUAUGGCGGGAAAUGAUAAAUGGCACGGAAAGGGGACAGAAAUGCUGUGUGCGUGCAAAAAUUGAUAUGUCCUCACCAAACGGCUGCAUGCGAGAUCCAACAAUAUAUCGAUGCAAGAAUGAGCCUCACCCAAGGACGGGGACAAAAUACAAAGUCUACCCAACCUAUGAUUUCGCAUGUCCAAUCGUCGAUUCUAUUGAAGGCGUUACACAUACAUUACGUACCAUGGAAUAUCACGAUCGCGAUGACCAGUUCUAUUGGUUUAUCGAUGCCCUGAAACUGCGGAAACCCUAUAUUUGGGAAUACAGUCGUUUGAACAUGACAAACACGGUAUUGUCUAAGCGUAAGUUGACUUGGUUUGUCGAAUCGCGAUUAGUUGAUGGAUGGGAUGAUCCCCGUUUCCCAACUGUGCGAGGUAUUAUUCGACGUGGUAUGACUGUUGAAGGCUUGAGAGAAUUCAUCAUCGCUCAAGGAUCCAGUAAAUCUGUCGUCUUUAUGAAUUGGGACAAAAUAUGGUCAUUUAAUAAAAAAGUGAUCGAUCCGAUUGCACCCCGUUACACGGCCCUGAAUUAUGACAAUCGCGUAGUAGUAAAUAUUGAAGGCGGAAAAAUAGAGAAGGUUGAAGUACCAGUGCAUCCGAAAAACGAAAGUCUCGGAAUGAAGAACGUAACACUUGGUCCACGGAUAUAUAUUGAUUAUGAAGAUGCUGUUGCCCUAAAGGAAGGCGAAAAUGCAACCUUCAUAAAUUGGGGCAAUUUGUUAAUCAAAAAAGUACAUAAAGAUAACAGUGGUAAAAUAACAGGUGUCGAUGCUUCUUUAAAUUUGGACGAUAAGAACUUCAAGAAAACAUUAAAACUUACUUGGUUGGCUGAGGAAGACGAUGAGUCUACGUACCCACCAACAUUUUGUGUUUACUUUGACAACAUUAUCGGCAAAGCUGUAUUGGGAAAAGAUGAAAAUUUCAAAAAUUACAUUGGGCACACGACUAGGGAAGAAGUAAAAAUGCUUGGCGAUCCAGAACUUAAGAAAUGUAAAAAAGGUGACAUAAUCCAGCUUCAACGUCGGGGUUUCUUCAAGGUUGAUGUGGCUUAUACUCCACCCAGUCCAUUCUCAAAUGUUACGACACCAGUCAUUUUGUUUUCCAUACCUGACGGCCACACUAAAAAUACUCCUUCCUCAGGCGCGAUAAUAAAUGCUAAUGCUCAAGACGACAAAAAAAAGAGUGCUAAAGUUAAUUCUAAUUGCGAAGCAGCCACAAGCACGGCUACUGCAAGUCCUACUGAUGCCCAAGCAAUCAAUGAAGAUAUUGUCAAACAAGGAGAUUUGAUACGCAAUUUGAAAGCGAAAAAGGCAUCUAAGUCCGAAAUAGAACCCCAAGUGAAGAUACUCCUUGAUUUAAAAGCUAAAUUUAAAAACUUAACUGGCCAAGUGUGGACACCUGAUACUGUAGUUUCACCCUCUGCUCCACAAUCGAAUGCUGACGCAGCUGUUGAGCAGUUGCUCCAUAAAAUUGCUACACAAGGCGAUAAAGUACGUGAGCUGAAAUCAAAGAAAGCUGAGAAAGUGGUUGUUGAAGCAGAAGUAAAAACACUGAUUGCUCUUAAAACUGAAUAUAAACAACUUACCGGUACUGACUGGAAGCAGGGUGCUGUAGUUUCAGCGAUUGUUAAGAAGGAAAAGUCACCAGAACCACCAUCAGCUGGCGCCGUAGGAGAUUUGAUUGCGAAAAUCACUGCUCAAGGUGAUAAAGUACGUCAAUUGAAAACUGCUAAGACGGAUAAAAAAAUAAUAGAUGCUGAAGUAAAAGUCUUAUUAGCCCUUAAAACAGACUAUAAGAGCCUCGUAGGGCAAGAUUGGAAACCAGGAACAACAUAUGCUCCUAUAGCAGCAGAUACACCCGUUAAAAUUGACUUAACUGGCGACGAUAGCUUAGAUGUUGGUGCACUUUUAGAGCGAAUAAAAGCUCAGGGUGAUAAGAUACGUCAAUUAAAAUCGGAAAAGGCUGAAAAGUCGGCAAUUGACGUGGAAGUCCAGUCGUUAUUGGCAUUAAAGGCUGAUUUUAAACAACAAACCGGCACUGAUUGGACACCGAACACUAAGAUUUCAUCUAAAUACGUUUCUGCUGCUACAAAUGUUCCUAUAGCAAUGUCUACCUCACCAGAAAAAGAAUUACUCAGCAAGGAGAUCAAUGAGCAAGGAGAUAAAGUACGUGCUGCUAAAUCUAAUAACUUACCAAAAGGGGAGAUUGAUAUCGAAGUGAAAAAGUUGCUGUCACUUAAGGCGAAAUAUAAAGAAGUUACUGGCACUGAUUUCCCAACCGCAGGAGGACGGGGCGGCGGCAGUUCCUCAAAGAAAGGAAAUGAAAAAAAGGCUUCAGCUGCGAAAAAGGAAACCCAAACACCUAAAGAAGAGAUCAGUGGUGCUGCGGGGGGGUCGAAAAAGCAAACACGGCUUGGACUUGAAGCUACCAAAGAGGGCAAUCUUCCCGAAUGGUAUUCGCAGGUCUUAACAAAGGGAGAACUAAUUGAAUACUAUGAUGUGUCUGGUUGUUAUAUUUUGCGUCAUUGGUCAUUUGCAAUUUGGAAGUUCAUAAAAACUUGGUUUGAUGCUGAAAUCACCAAAAUGGGUGUGAAAGAAUGCUACUUUCCUAUUUUCGUUUCGCGUGCGGCCCUCGAACGGGAAAAGGCACAUAUCGCUGAUUUCGCGCCAGAGGUAGCAUGGGUGACGAAAUCCGGAGAGUCUGAUUUGGCUGAGCCAAUUGCUGUGCGACCUACCUCCGAAACCGUUAUGUAUCCGGCCUACGCAAAGUGGAUUCAAUCCUAUCGCGAUUUACCUCUACGUCUAAACCAAUGGAACAACGUUGUGCGCUGGGAAUUUAAACAUCCACAACCAUUCCUGCGCACGCGUGAGUUUUUGUGGCAAGAAGGUCACACUGCCUUCGCUACAAAAGCAGAGGCCGAUCAAGAAGUCCUAGAAAUCCUCGAUCUUUAUGCACAUAUCUAUACCAAUCUUCUUGCGAUACCUGUAGUUAAGGGCCGCAAAACCGAAAAAGAGAAAUUCGCUGGUUCUGACUAUACUACCACAGUAGAGGCUUUUAUUUCGGCAUCGGGUCGUGCUAUUCAAGGCGCUACUAGUCAUCAUUUAGGUCAGAAUUUCUCGAAAAUGUUUGAAAUCGUGUAUGAGGAUCCGGAAACGCAGGAAAAACAAUUUGUAUUCCAGAACUCAUGGGGUAUAACAACGCGCACUAUUGGUGUCAUGAUUAUGGUUCAUGCAGACAAUCAGGGAUUGGUCUUGCCACCGCAUGUUGCUUGCAUUCAGGCAAUUAUUGUGCCUUGUGGUAUAACGGUUAAUACCAAAAACAACGAACGUGAAGAACUGCUGAAAUCAUGCAAGCAACUCGAAGCUCAAUUGAACGCAAAGGGGAUUCGCUGUGAAGGUGAUUAUCGUGACAAUUAUUCACCUGGAUGGAAGUUUAAUCACUGGGAAUUGAAGGGUGUACCAGUGCGUAUCGAACUUGGUCCAAAGGAUAUGAAGGCAAACCAAAUUGUGGCAGUGCGUCGUGAUACGGGCGAGAAGCUUAUUUUGGCAAUGGAAGAUGUAGAGUCGAAAAUAAGCCAAUUGUUGGAAACAAUACAUGACAGCAUGCUGGCGAAAGCGAAAAGAGAUAUGGUUGAACAUACGAAAAUUACAAAGAAUUGGACAGAGUUCUGUAAAUUUUUGGAUGCUAAGAACAUUCUACUUUCCCCGUUCUGUGGCGAAAUUGGCUGCGAAGAAAAAAUCAAGGGAGAUAGUGCAAGAGACGAGGAUGCAGAGCCUGGGGCACCGUCUAUGGGCGCUAAAUCACUUUGUAUACCAUUCGAUCAACCUGCGGCUAUAACUAUAACCGACAAAUGUAUUCAUCCAAGUUGCACCCAUAAACCUAAGUUCUACACGCUAUUUGGUCGCAGUUACUAAAGCAAGACCAAAUAAUAAGUCUAGACCACUAAAACGAAAAUGAUUAGAGAAGAAAUCAAAAUAAUUUUGAGAUUUUAAAAUAAACGACAAUGUUUCUGAUUUUUAUGAAAUCAA